AUGAAGACAAAUUAACAAUUCUAGCAUAUUGACAAAGCAAUGAAGAUUUAUCAGCUUUAAUUGGUAAGAAUGUCCAGCACCAUGAGUCUUAUCCUAUCUAUGAAUAACAGCUUACUGCUCAACCCAGAUGCUGCGUCUAUGAUUGAAGAAGAUCAAGGUAAAUUAUCUAAUUAAUUAAUGAUUAUAGAAGUUGAGGAGGAUGAUUCAAUCAUACGUAUAGGGGCACACGAAGAUCAAUCACCCUCAUUAAAUCACUAUGAAGAUUAUGAAUGUACAGAAUUAGGAUGGUUUCAAGGCAAAUAAUAAUUGAGUGAAUGA